AUGAGUGGCGAUGUGCCACCCGACGUGCUCGCAAUUCUCGAAAAUCAGAAGAAGCAGCAGUGGAAAAUUGGUACCGUCAGUCUGCCCGAGUUCCCUGUUCUUCCAGCGAUCGCCUCGAAAUCAUCGGUGUCGGCGCCUUUAAACACCAAACCAUAUAAUGAAAUGCGAAGUCGGCCAACAACCACCACCGCCAGCCGUCCACCAACUCAAACUAUUGGAUUCGCGCCAUUGCCGCCAAUUAGGAAAAAAGAAGAAAAUGAGAAUCACGAUUAUUAAUCCGAGCACGAAGAAGAAGCUGAAGAGUAUGAGCUCGCCAAACUACCCACAACAUUUUCAGAGCUUCGCGAAUUUCAGCUAGAGCUUGAUCGGAUCACAUUUGACCAACUUGAAGUCAUCGUCCAGAAUUGCAGAAUAAUCGAUGAGAAGAAUAGUGGGGUGCUAGGCACCGAGGCGAUAAUGAGCGCCGUUGAGCAAUCUCUCGAAUUGGACCCGCAAAUCAACGAGACGUGGAAUUUCCUACUGAAAUGGAUCGCUCCGGAAAAUGAGAGAAUCGAUUAUUUCACGCUGUUUCGAAUUCUGAGCGAUGACAAACAAUCAAGAGAAGCAUUAAUUCAUUUAUCGGAAUUUUUGAUUAGCGAUGAGAACGGAAGUGUGAUAAGCAAUCUGCCAAGUCGUCCGACAUCAUCGCAAGAGCAUCGCGAGAAGGGAAGAGCUCAGCUCAUGAUCGAUCUGGAAGUGAUUCUCGCUGAAAAACCGGACGUCGACCUUGAAAGAUUCAAAACAGCCACCGAUAAGAAGUUCAUCGAAAUCGACGAAUUCCGAAUGAUAUUGCAAAUUUACAAUUUGGAAGAGCCAAUGAAGCAUGUGAUUGAUCGGACCAUUGAAUGCUUCUUGACGCACGACAAACUUUUCUGCUUCUCGGCCUUCAUCGGAUGUCUCAAUCAAAUCCAUCCCGAGGUGAUCCGGCGGCGAUCGUUGCGACCCGCCGGAAAUCCAUUGUGGAUGCUGAAACCGCUUCCAAACAUCUCGAAAGAAAUUCCAGAAGACAAUGAGGACAAUCUUCUUCUCACUUCGCGACAAUCAAUAUUUUCCGACGACGAUUUAGAGGGAAAAUUAUGA